CAAUGAGUUCCUGUCCUAUUUGAAAAGUAGAAGGAACAGCAGGCGGCUGACGCCCAGCGAUCACUGCGCUCCUCCCCCUCAUUCGGCCUCCACCGCAUGGACGAGAUCGAGAAGGUGUUCGACCGCUACGACGCCAACGGCGACGACUGGAUCUCCGCCUCCGAGCUCGACGACAUCCUCCGCGCCCUCGGUUCCACCGCCUCCCCCGCGGAGAUACGCGACAUGAUCGCCGAGAUGGACACCGACGGAGACGGCUUCGUCGAUCUCCAAGAGUUGGUUGAUUUCCACCGCCGCGGCGUUGGCGGCGCAGGCGCCGACAAGGAGCUAAGGGAGGCGUUCGACGUGUACGACCUCGACGGCAACAGGCUGAUAUCCGCGGAGGAACUCCAUCGGAUGCUGAAGCAGCUCGAGGAGAAGUGCUCCGUCAAGGAUUGCACGCGGAUGAUCGGAUCCGUCGACGAGGAUGGCGAUGGGAACGUCAACUUUGAGGAGUUCAAGAGGAUGAUGGCUAAGGGCGGAGAUGAAGUCCUCUGCUUUCGUCGGUGGGCGAGAGAUCCUGUUUGAUUGGGGAAAUAGGCGACUGGGACAAACGAUCUGACGUCAUAGGUUAGCAUUUAUAAUUGUAUCUAAAGAACUAAUUUGGCGUUGGUUUGCGUAUUAAUUAGUCUUGGAUCUAGUAAACCUCUAUUGCGUCGAUCAGAUCGCAGGCGAUAUAUAUCACGGGAUACAUUCUGUUUAUAAUUGAAUGGCAUAUUUUAGAGUGAUUAAAUGUUAUUAUAGGAUUUUUAAACAGUUGCUGGAAAGUGCAAUAACACUAUUUGUAAGAAUGGACUCUAUUUAUUUGUUUUACUAAAACGAAAAA